CUGAACGAGUUUCUAACUUCUGCCCCAUGUAGAGACGAGAGAGUUUUCAAACAUGGCUCCCCACUGGAGAGGAGGAGCUCAGGUUUUGGCAGUGACUCUGGGAAUUUUGCAGUGCUGUGGAUGGCUGUCCGGUCAGACCAUAAGGACUAGUGUUGGGAUGACAGAAAGAGGUCCUGAGCAAUGGGCGAUGUCUCAUGAAAGGGUGAAGAGAGGAUGGGUUUGGAAUCAGUUUUUCGUUGUGGAGGAAUACACCGGGACGGAGCCACUUUACGUUGGAAAGAUCCAUUCCGACUCGGAUGAAGGGGACGGCUCUAUUAAGUACACCAUCUCUGGAGAGGGAGCAGGCACUAUAUUCAUCAUAGACGAGGUCACCGGUGACAUUCACGCCACGGAGAGAUUAGACCGCGAGGAGAAGACCUUCUACACCCUGCGAGCUCAAGCACGAGACCGUCUGACUGACGGGCCGCUUGAACCCGAGUCAGAGUUCGUCAUCAAAGUCCAGGACAUCAACGACAGCGAGCCCAAGUUCCUGGAAGGUCCCUACGUCGGAAGUGUGGCAGAACUCUCUCCUAUUGGGACGUCAGUGAUGAAGGUUAUUGCCUCGGACGCUGAUGACCCGACCUAUGGAAGCAGCGCUCGGAUAGUUUACAGCGUCCUGGACGGAGAGAGAUUCUUUACUGUUGACCGACAAACCGGAGUGAUCCGGACAGCCGUGGCGGAUCUCGAUCGGGAGACGCAGGACCGUUAUGAGCUGGUUGUCAAGGCAACGGAUAUGGCGGGCCAAAUGGGUGGUCUUUCUGGUUCUACCACUGUGACCAUAGUGAUCACGGAUGUUAAUGACAACCCUCCACGCUUCCCUCAGAAGAUGUAUCAGUUUUCGGUCUCUGAGGGUGCGGGCGUUGGGACGCCUCUUGGCCGGGUGAUCGCGACAGAUGCAGACAUGGGUGAGAAUACGGAUAUGAGUUACCUGAUCAAAGAUGAGGAGGGGGGAGAGCUGUUCAGGGUCUCGACCGAUGGAGACACACAAGAGGCCGUCAUCACCAUCAAAAAGCCUCUGGACUUUGAGAACAAGCGCACACAUAAUGUGGUCGUAGAGGCUGUAAACAAACACGUGGACCCUCGUUUCGUGGAUCUCGGGUCUUUCCGGGACCAAACCAUCGUGAGGGUCAGCGUGUCGGAUGUGGAUGAGCCUCCCAUCUUCAUCCCUCCGGCCGGCACCGUCAUGGAGGUUCAGGAAGACGCUCGGAUGGGUGCGCUGGUGGGAAUUGUGACUGCAAAGGAUCCGGAUAUGGAUAACGUCCCCGUCAGGUUCUCCAUAGACAGAAGCACAGACGAGGAGCAGAUCUUUAACAUCGAUCCUGUAACAGGUGCUAUCACUCUGGGAAAGAUCCUGGACCGAGAGACAGCCGGCUGGCACAACAUCACGGUUUCAGCGGUGGAAGCAGAUAACCAGUCCAUGUCGUCUCAGUCGGCGGUGAGCAUCCGAAUCCUGGACGUGAACGACAACCCUCCCGAACUCGCCACUCCUUACGAGGCUUCAAUCUGCGAGGACGCCAAGCCUGGCCAGCUUAUUCACACCAUCAGCGUAGUGGACAGGGAUGAACCGCAGUCUGGACAUCGCUUCUACUUCACGCUGGCACCCGAAGCCUCCAGCAACCGACACUUUACACUGUGGGACAUCAAGGACAACACAGCCGGCAUCAGAACGCAGCGGUCCGGGUUUAACCGUCAGGAGCAGAACGUGUACCUGUUGCCCAUCCUGGUGGUGGACAGUGGCCCUCCGGCCCUCAGCAGCACGGGGACCCUCACCAUACACGUGUGUGGCUGUGACCCGGACGGGGCCAUUCAGUCCUGCAACGCCACGGCGUACGUCAUGUCCACUGCGCUCAGCCCUGGAGCUCUCAUCGCACUGCUGGUGUGCAUCCUCAUUCUCAUCGUCCUGGUGCUGCUGAUCUUGACCCUCAAACGUCACAGGAAGGGCCAGCGCAUGUCCGAAGAUGAGGAGGACAUGCGCGACAACGUCAUCAAAUACAACGACGAGGGCGGCGGAGAGCAAGACACCCAGGCGUACGACAUGAGCGCCCUGCGCAACCUCUACGACUUUCCAGAGGUCAAAAGCUCGGAUUCUGGCCCUGACCUGCGCUCCGUCCCUCAGUGGAUCCAAAACAGAGUGGUAGGAGACGGCGGGCCGGCCGACUUCACGGUUUUCAAAGGCUACAUACGCAAGAAGGUCGAGCAAGCGGACGCGGACUUAUCGGUGCCGCCUUACGACUCGUUCCAGACUUACGCUUUCGAGGGCAGCAGCUCGCCGGCUCUCUCGCUGAGCUCCAUCCGUACGCUAUCCACAACCUCAGAGCAGGACUUCUCAUACCUCAGCGAUUGGGGGCCGCGCUUCAGGCAGCUGGCGGGCUACUACGCCCCGGCCCAAGCUGAAGAAGAGGGGUCCUAGCACCAUGCUCUCCCCUGAUCCGCUCUCAGAGACCCUACUGUCCCGGUCCUGGAGUCGUUUUCCUCCCUGACGCUUUCGCCCACAGUUCCGCAGUGACGUUUGUUGGAUCCCGGUUAGUCCGGAGAGAUUUAAUGUCACCCGUUACACUUUGCAAAGUGACUUCUUGUCUUGUAGAAAAGUUCAGGACAAAUAUUGAAGGAGAAGAGCAUUAGGCCGGGUGCUGGGCAAACCUCCAACAUCUUCUCACCUGUCAGAGAGAGCAAGAAGAAGCGGGGCCGUGCCAUAUGCACUACUCAAAACUCCCUUUGUUUCAGGUUGGGUUUUUUUUUGUGUGGUUUCUUUGCCCAUCUGUGGAAAUAAGGACUUUAACUCACUGAGAUCUGGAGGAAGACAAUGGAAAUGUCUUUUUAAAAACCAACAUUUAAAAAAACCUUAAAUAAAUAUGUAUUUAUUUAAAGAAAAAAAAGAAAAAAGAAAAGAAAAAGUAAAACAAUAUUUAUGUAUUUAUUGCUUUCUAUUUAUUUAUUUAUCCAUCCUGGCAAUGGACUGAAAUAGAAAAAAAUGGACAUCAUUUUUGAAGAAUAUUGAAGUUGUCAGGGUGACA